UCUCGACCCCACUGUUUGCCUCACAACUGACUUUCUUUUUGUUUUCAGCUAGACACACGCGAAAAUUGGAACUCAAUCCACAGUAGGCGUCCCCUCUAUACAACGACAUCAGGCAUUUCUUUAAAAGAUGGGUCGGGGCAGCAGCAGACGCUCCCGGUCUCCUGACGACCGGCGGAGAUCCCGCAGGUCCAGAUCCCCCUCCCGCCGCCGGUCGCCAUCGCCCAGCCGGCGCCGUACCAGCACGCGCUCCGAUGACCGGCACCGUGACCGCAGUCGCCACGAGCGCCGACGCGGUGGAUCACGGUCUCCGACGCGUCGCCGAUCGCGCGAGCGAUACGAAUCGCGGAUGUCGCCAGAGCAGCAGCAGCACCACGGACGAUCACGUACAAAAUCGCGCUCACGGUCGCCAUCAGCGCACAGGCACCGUGCGAGAAGCAGCACACCGACGCCAAUGCCCUCGCCGAAGCAUGAAGAGACCAAAGAUCUGAGCGGCAUGACCGAAGAGGAGCAGAUGAUGGCGCUGAUGGGAUUCGGCGGAUUCGACUCUACAAAGGGCAAGAGCGUUGCAGGCAACUCGGAUGGUGCAGCUAAUGUGAAAAAGCAGCGCAAGUUCCGGCAAUACAUGAACCGCAAGGGCGGCUUCAACCGUCCGCUGGACAAGCACUGAUUUUCCAAAAUUUUUAUAUUACAAAAUGAAAUUUAUGUGGAAAAAUAC